CGAUUUGCUACAAAGAAAUUUCCUUUGAGUUUCGCAUUCCAAAGAAUGAAGUUUCCUAUCUUACUUUGUAAUGUCUAAGUCACCGCUUGUCUACUACACCCAAUCUCUUCUAGCAAAUCAAAACAGAAAGUAGUGUAUUCACAGAUCAAUAUCAACUAUGGCUUCUUCUUCUUCAUCAUCAUCAUCAUCAUCUGCUGCUUCGUUGUACCAUGUUUUCUUGAGUUUUAGAGGAGAGACACGAAAAUCCUUUACUGAUCAUCUUUAUUUAAGUUUGUGUCAAGCUGGAGUUAAUACCUUUCGAGAUGAUGAAGGGAUCCGGAAAGGCGAGAGCAUCUCUGAUGAGCUAUUGAAGGCUAUCGAAGGGUCCAAGAUAUCAAUUAUCGUAUUCUCUAAAACUUAUGCUCGAUCUAGAUGGUGUCUUGAUGAACUGGUGAAGAUUGUUGAAUGUAAACAGAAUUUAGGACAAAUGGUUCUUCCAAUAUUCUAUGAUGUUGAUCCUUCAGAAGUUCGCAAACAAACAGGAGAAUUUGGUGAUUCAUUGAUUCAACAUCUAGAACGAUUUGGGGAUCAAAGAGUUGAUGAGUGGAAAGCUGCACUCACUACUGUUGCUAAUUUGUCAGGAUGGGAUUUGAAAAUCAUGGAAAACGGGUAUGAGUCGAAGUUCAUCAAAAAAAUUACUGAAGAGGUAUUACGGGAAGUAAAUCGUACAUACAUAAAUGUAGCAAAGUAUCCUGUUGGAAUUGAUUCUCGUGUUAGAGAUAUACUUCUUUUAUUGCAAACUCAAACAAAUGAUCAUGUCAAGAUGAUUGGAAUUUUUGGCAUGGGUGGUGUGGGAAAAACAACCCUUGCUAAAGCCAUUUACAACUUGAGUUAUCAAAGAUUUGACGGUUGUUGUUUUAUUGCAAACAUUAGAUCACAAGUUUCUGAGGGGCACAAUGGUUUAGUUCGUUUACAAGAGAAACUUCUUUGCAAAAUUCUCAAUACAAAGAAACUUGAAAUAGAUAAUGUUGAUGAAGGAAUCAGUUUGAUCAAAGAAAGGUUGCGAUCAAAAAGGGUUCUUAUUGUUCUCGAUGACAUAGAUGAUAUUAGUCAACUAGAAUCAUUAGCUGGACAACGGAAUUGGUUUGGUUCAAGCAGUACAAUUAUAAUAACAACCAGAGAUGUUCAUUUGUUGAGUGACCUUAGAGCACACGAGAAGUACAUGGUAAAAACAUUAAACUUUUUUGAAUCUUUUCAACUAUUGAGUUGGCAUGCUUUUGGUGUUUCUAUACCAUUAGAGGAGUAUACUGAAGUAUCCGAAAGAAUAGUAAGUUAUACUGGUGGACUUCCUUUAGCACUUACAAUUAUAGGUUCUCAUUUGCGUGGAAGAUCUGUGGAAGAGUGGAUCGACAAUGCUGAGAAAUUGAGAAAAAUGCCUAAUGAUAAAGUUCAAAAUAUUCUUAAAAUAAGUUAUGAUGCACUUGAUGAUGAUACUAAAAACAUCUUUCUCGAUAUUGCUUGCUUUUUCAUUGGGGAUGACGAAAAUGACACUUCUAUAAUAUUGGAAGCUUGUGGUUUUUAUGCCAAAAUUGGAAUCAAAACCUUGAUAGAAAGAUGCCUGUUGACAAUAGAUGGAGUGUCUGAAAGGCUUCAGAUGCAUGAUUUAGUACAAGAUAUGGGAAGAGAAAUUGUACGAAAGGAAUCUCCACGAGAGCCCGGCAAACAAAGUAGAUUGGUUGACCCAAAUGAUGUAUUUGAUGUUCUUCAUGGUGACAAGGGCACCGAAGUAAUUGAAGGGAUAAUUGCAAAUUCAAACAUGUUAGGGAAUGUGCCUCUGAGUACCAAAGUAUUUACAAGGAUGGUAAAGUUAAGAAUACUCAUAUUGGGUCAUAUGAGUAUCAAUGGAUCUUUUAAAUAUUUAUCCAAUGAACUUAGAUUGUUUAGAUUACACCAUUGCCAUUUGAGGAGCAUACCAUCUGAUUUUUGCUGUGAGAAACUUGUUGAGUUAGAUAUGAAUGGUUGCAAUGUCAAAGAAUUCAAAUGCAAUAUGCAGCAUUUCAGAUGCUUGAGGAUCUUAAAGCUUGAUUAUUGUCAACAACUUAAGAAAACACCAAACUUCAGUGGGGCAAAUACUCUUCAAAAUGUAUCCUUUAUGCAUUGUUCAAAUUUGGUCAAGGUACACCCAUCAAUUGGAAGUUUGGAGAGACUAGUUUGGUUAAAUUUUGAAAGUUGCAAGAAACUCAAGGUUCUUCCAAGUAGCAUUUGAAAGUUAAAAUCACUUGAAGUUUUAGAUUUAGAUUAUUGCGAAAAAUUGAGGGAGCUUCCUAUUGAGUUGGGAAAAUUAGAGCAACUAAGAGAUUUACUUGCCCGUAAAACUGUCAUCUCACAUAUACCAAUUUCUUUGGGAUGUUUGAGAAAUCUAAAGACACUGGAUCUAGGGGGGCACAAGAGUUCUGUACAAUCCCACUUAAAAUCUCAACUUCUUGACACUUUAUCACCUCAUUUAUUGUCAAGAAGAAAGCGUGAUGGGGUUGGAUUUUUUCCACCUUCAGUUGCAAAUUUAUCCUCCUUGGAAGUUCUAAGUGUGAGUUACAACUAUCUACAUGAAGUAGAUUUUAGGAUCACUCUUGAGAAUUUUACCUUAUUGGUAACUUUAGAUUUAUCAGGAAGUUGUUAUCUUCAAAGCUUACCCUUUGGGCUUUGUCAUCUUUCAAACUUGAAACAUCUCUACUUGGAUGAUUUGCAAAAUCUUAGAGUACUUGAAGAACUUCCUCUUAGUUUGGAGAUACUCUCUACAAAAAAUUGUGUCUCAUUGGAAAAAAUAGCAGAUCUAUCAAACUUGAAACGACUCGAAUGGCUAUAUUUUCAAAACUGCAAAAGUUUGGUUGAGCUUCCAAACAUGGAGAGUGUUUCAUCCUUAAUAGAGCUUAACAUACGCAAUUGCAAUGCUCUAACUAUUCCUGACAACUAUUUGCAUGAAGUAGAUGAUCUUCCAUUGAAAGAAUUAGAUUUAAAUGGAAGAUACUAUCUUCAAAGUUUACUAUCAAGCAUUUGCCAUUUGCCCAAUUUGAAGAUUCUCCGCUUGGACGAUCUGCAAAACCUUAGAUCACUUCCACAACUUCCUCCUAAUUUGAUGAGCCUCUCUACAAAGAAUUGUGUGGCAUUAGAAAAAAUAGCAGAUCUAUCAAACUUUAAAAGACUCAAAUGGCUAGAUUUUCAGAACUGCAAAAGUUUGGUUGAGCUUUCAGGCUUGGAGAGUCUUGAAUCCUUACAUCUUCUUGGGAUAGCAAAUUGCAGUGGUUUGAGGAUUCCUUCAAUUGAAAAGUGGUUCAAGGCAUGUUCUAAAGAUGAUAGUGUCCAGAUUUCGCUUGCAGUAGGCUUGGGGUCUGUAACCUGCCAUUUUCCUAUACGUUUGGGGGAUGUAAAGCUUCAAAUCAUGCACAAUGUGAUUGAUCCCGGUGAAAUUGAUGAUGCUGAUAGUUGCAAUGGAAUUCGUUUGAGUGUGAGAAGCAAAAGCAAUGGUGCUUGGAUUCUAAAGGAACCCAAUUAUAGUAACAUCAAUGUGAGUUCUAAUGUCGAAUUCAGUAGUAGUGAUUCUAUGUCUUUUGAAGUUCCAACAAGGAUGGGAGAAGUAUUGGAGGUAUAUGCAGAAUUCAAUUCUUUGCAGAUGAUAUUUUGUCUAUUUGAAAUACAUAGAAACAGAGAAGGCGAAAUACGUUUCUUUCCAUCCUCAAGGGGAUUCAUUCCUGCAUCUUCAUGAACCAUAAGGAUGUUAAGUAGCACCAGCUUUUGCUGCAAAUGAAAAGCAAAAAAGGAUUAUUGUAAGUAUAUCCUUCACACUUGACAGACACUUCUUUAACAGAGUUUUUAUUUGCUUUGUUUGUGUGGAUAUGAUGAAAGCAAUUAGGAGCGAUUUUUAUACCAUUUGGAUGGAUGUGGAGUCAAUUGGAGGAUGGAAAUAAAAGGGAGAACAAGAAUUAGACCAGAAAGCCUCAAGUCAAACUUGUACAGGACAUGUACGCUUGCACAUAAGAUGAUAAGAAGCACGAGUUGUCCAGACCUUUUGCGGUACAUGCACAUCAGACAGAAAGGCAUUGGUGUUGUUGUCAAAAGAAAAAGCUAUGGUGCUUGGAUUGUAAGGGAAGCUGAAUAUAUUGCUGUCAAAGCGGGUAAAAGAAUUGAUUUUGAGGUAUCAACAGUGAUUGAAGAAGUACAGUAUAGGAGGUUUAUGCACAAAUGUAGAGCAGAAUGGCUGGAGUAGGCCAGGAGAAGACACACAACAUGUUGCAUUUUGGACAUUUUCCUUAAAUAUUUUUAUUGGGAGAUGAUGUGUAGCUAGUAUAGCUUAAUGUUGUGAAACUGGAGGGCCCAAAUUAAUUUAAUUUAGUAAUAUUGUGAACA